AUGAUCUUUUCACUCUCAUUAGCGUUCCCAAGUGAACGUUUACCGUUUGGUGUGUCCCUGAUGCAACUGGCCGUGGUCUGUUUAGUUCUUGCGAUCUUGCUGAGGAUAGUUCAAGGUGUCUAUAUCCAUCCAUUAAAGAAUGUUCCAGGCCCUCUAUUGGCCAAGAUCUCCUCCAUUUCUGUCUAUCUGGCCAACCUGAAAGGCGUUCGAAGUCACACACUGCUCAAUCUCCACGACAAAUAUGGACCAUAUGUCCGUGUUGGUCCUAAUGAGGUGUCCAUCUCCGACCCCGAAAUGUACCGAAAGAUCUAUACCCGCGGAGCCAGCAUCAAGGAGGACUCGUUCUAUUCUUCAACCCGACUCACGCCGCCAAACGAGAACAUCUUCAGUAUGAGAAACAAAGCCCAGCACGCCGCUCGACGCAAGAUGGAAAACGACCCAUACUCUCUCCAGGCCAUUAACCAACAUGAACCGGUCAUCUGGAACAAGGCCCAUAUCUUCCUAAAACGAAUCAUCUCCGAGGCCGCCGCAUCGUCGUCUCACAGUGUCGAUGUGCAUCCACUAUGUGGCUUAUUCAGCCUCGAAGUCAUCUGUCAAGUCGCCUUUGACAAUGAUCUUGACGCCGAGUCGACAGCCCCGGGGCUCAACUUCCUCCACGCCAUGAGUCAAGCAGCGAUGAUCACGCCCUUGACCGACACCUUUCCCCUCCUAGCGCAUACAAAGCUGAGCGAGUCCUUGCCCGGCAUCAUUGGCAAGGCAUUCAGCCAGCGGCGACAGUGGGAAGAGACCACGCGAGCCAUCUACACGUCGUUUAAGCGCCAGUCAGAACAGACCGGACGGGGUGGCAAAGAGAAAUUUCUCGCCUCGCCGUUCGUCCACAAAAUCGACGACUUUUUGGGUCGUCGACUCACCGAAGACGAGGGCCUGGAGGAAGCCAUGGGCCUGGCCUUUGCCGGCAGCGGCACCACGUCCACCACGAUCGUCUAUAUUCUCUACCACCUCUCGCGACCGGAAAAUCGAGCCAUGCAACUUCGACUGCGCGAGGAGCUCUGCUCUCCCGACGGGUCCGCGGCCAGUGUCACUGAUUUACCCUAUCUCAAUGCUGUGAUCAAGGAAGCCAUGCGCCUGAAUCCCUCGUUGAUGGGGACCUUGCCCCGAAUUCUGACCACGACGGUCGUGGCAGACACCGACGACGACCACGUCCAAGCCGGGACCAAACACAAACCUCUGGUUUUCCCCCCCGGGACACGGAUCGCGAUGCAGAACUAUGUCCACCACCGGAACCCCAAGGUCUAUCCCGAUCCGCAUUCGUUCAACCCGGACCGAUGGCUUGGGACGACGGGAUCGUCGAGCGCGGCGGAAAAAGCAUUUACACCCUACAGCCUAGGGCCAAGGAACUGCAUCGGACAGAAUCUGGCCAAUCUGGAGCUCCGGGUUGCCACGGCGCUGCUGUUCCGUAACCUCGAUUUCCGGCUCAAUCCAACGAUGAGGGAGGAAGACAUGGAGAUGGAAGAUCGGUUUGCCGCCUUGGUUCGAGGCGGGAAGCUAUUGCUUGACGUGGAGAGAUUAUCUCCUGCGGCGUGA